AUAUCGAUCCUGUAGCAUGGAGACAGACCCAAGAAAUCACACGCCGUGCGCAAUGAGAGUCGCUAUUGACUGCUCACUGGUGAGACUGCCCUGAAGCCUAGGCUACUGACAGAUGGCACGGGACAAUAAGGUCUCAAAAGUCCUUCAUGGUUGCAUUUCCUCCAUGCUCAUAUGGUCAAGCGGGUCUCGCUAUUGACCGCCAAGCCGGCCUCGUUAUCGACUUCCCCAGACCAACUGCCAGGGCUGCUCGUCGAUCGCAGGUCCCGAAUUGAAAGACCCCUCGUUAAAAACGCCAAAUACUUGAAGUGUGUAAGCAUAUCUUUCGCCUCGAAUCUUGUCGGCAUUGUUGGAUGCGUCUUUGCUAUCUCUUCCAGAUAUCCAGCUCGAGGCCUAUAAUUUCACUUGCUCUACCAUUCAAUUGCCGUUGCGUCAUGGCCAAUAUUCAGCCUUACACCAUUGCCGUUUCGCAAGCCAAGAUCGACCGCCUGCACCAGAAGCUCGCCCUCACAGAUUUCCCAGACGAAGUCGAAAAUGUUGGCUGGGACCGUGGAGCUCCGCUCGCAGACGUCAAGCGCCUGACAGAGUACUGGCAAGAAAAGUAUGACUGGCGAGCUACAGAAGCAAAGCUCAACGAGUUGCCAAACUACACCGCAGACAUCCAAGCCGAAGGCUUCGAGACGCUGAAGAUCCAUUUCGUCCAUCAGCCAAGUAAGGUCAAAGGAGCCAUCCCUCUACUUUUUGUACACGGCUGGCCUGGUAGUUUCGAUGAGGUCGUCAAAAUCCUGCCUGAGCUUGUCGAGCCAAAGAACUCGGAGCAUCCCGCAUUUCACGUUGUCGCGCCCAGCAUACCCGGCUACGGCUUCUCGGAGGGCUCUCGCAAGCCCGGGUUCCGUGUCAAGCAGACGGGCGAGAUAUGCCACAAGCUGAUGCUCGCACUGGGCUAUGAUGAAUACGUGAGCCAGGGUGGCGACAUUGGCUGCUUCGUGACGAGGCAGAUGGGUAAGCAGUAUGCUCAGAGCAUCAAGGCGAGCCACAUCAACAUGCCACGCCCGAACCCGCCCUCGCCACACGGAGAUGUCGAGCUGUAUAUGCAGCACAUGCAGACGCCGCUGACGGACAAGGAAAAGGAGGGCCUUAAGCGCUGGCAGUGGUUCACGAAAGAGGGCUCCGGGUACAACUUGCAGCACGGCACCAAGCCUCAGACCAUUGGCUACUCUGUCACCGACAGCCCAGUCGGCCUCCUAGCAUGGAUAUACGAGAAGCUGCACGACUGGACGGACUCGUACCCGUGGACCGAGGACGAGGUCCUGACGUGGGUUUCCAUCUACUGGUUCUCCACGGCGGGACCUGCCGCCAGCCAGAGGAUCUAUUACGAAAUGUAUCAUGACCCGGAUAAGCCACGCGUGUCGAGCUUCGAAUACAUCCCGGACGUGUUGCUGGGAACUGCAAACUUCCCCAUGGAGCUGUCGGUGACACCGAAGCUGUGGAACAAGACGCUGGGACCGCUGGUCCUGGCCAGCGAGUGGGAUAAGGGAGGACAUUUCGCGGCGUAUGAACGGCCCGAUGCCAUUAUCCAGGAUCUCAGAGACAUGUUUGGCAAGAAGGGAGGAGCGUAUGCUGUGGUGAAAGGCCAAACGGGAUACUGAACGCGUCCUCUCGCGCGCACAAUGUCGUAGGUAGAUAUUGCCGCCAAAAUCACGUUUUUCACCGAGCCACAGCAGUUGACCCAAGUGUGAGCGGAAGAAACCACCGCGAGCAGCAUUAGAGUCAUCCCGUAGCUUGAAAACCGAGACACACUACCAUUUCAGAAGGAUUGACUGUGAAUUAGAUUGGUAAACGUGUAAUUAUGGUAUUAUAUUACUCCUCAUAGUAUACAGAGUGUUUGUGAUGAGGCUGCUUCCUGUAGAAGGACUGCGGCUUCUUGGGGUCCCAAAACUGGGAACCCCCAGCCCAUUAUUACUUAAGGAUGCAUACAUGUUUGCAAUGUUCAGUACGAAAAGCAGAAAGACGGAGCUUAGCAUCAGACUUACGAAGGAUGAAAAAGGCAAGGGAGCCAA